UUCUGAUUUUUACAGGCAGGCACUCUUAAUUUCUUUUCAGGUAGAAAUUUAGUACCUGCACGUGAUGACCACAGACAUUUUUCACGCAGCUGUGAUGUGUUCGGGGGUACGUUCGAAUGUAACCAUCAUCACAGCUGCCCUUCAGGGUGUGAUUAUAAAUGUAAUAUGAAUUGCAAAGGAGGAAACUGUACACAAUCUUGCAACGCGCCUAAAACAUUUGGUCUGAAUUGUCACGGAGAACAAUCCGACCAGACUUGCAACAAUAAACAUGGCUGUAAUCUAAAAUGUUUCGGAGGAAAAUGUUUCCAGACAUGCAACGGUCGUGAAUGUAGUCUGGAAUGUUACGGGAACUACUGUAAACAGAAUUGCAAUAUGGGAACAUGUAACUUGAAAUGUCACGGAGGAAAAUGUGAACAAAAGUGUAACCGGAAUUGUACUCUGGAAUGUCGCGAAGGAAGCUGUGAACAGGAUUGCACAGAAAUUAACGAUGGGGGCAGAUGCCGGUCGUGGUGCCCAUUUGUAAGUAACGCAAGCAAAUGCGAUCAGAAUUGUGGAGCCAGAAAUCCUCAGUGCACCAAAAAUUUAAUCCCGGCCACCACUGAAGCGUCGCCUACUACAGUCUUGGAACACUGCUAUACUUGUACUGUGACAACGUCAGUAACCACAGCAUCAUUACCUUCGCAACUUUCAUUAUCACCAUCAUCAGAAGCAUUGUCGACCUUAGCAUCAACACCAUCCAGAACGGCACCAAUAACAAAAACACUAGUAUCGUCAUUGUCAUCCGUAGGAACACCAUCACUGGCACCAUCAUCGCCACCAUCAUCAUCCUCAACACGAAACGAAAUCAGUGUUAAAUCACAAAACAUCUCUCGGACAGAGGAAUUGGUGGUGAAGUUUAUUUCUGCAUUGAACAAAACAAAAGUCCAGCAACACACCUCUUUAAAGCAUGUUGUCAACCUGUUACACAAUACCACCGAACAGUUAAGAAACAUAUCUCACUAUGACGUAAAGCAGGGUUACAUGACAGAGCUGGAGCGGAAGGGAUUCAUCUUCAAAGGAGUCAUUGCCUGCGAACGCUUUUUCCUUAAUUAUGGUCGACAUCACCUCAAUGAAUCAAUGCCUCAAUUAACCAGCGCUCACAGCAAGCUUGUUCUGCAUAUUCAGCGAGUUUUCGGACGAAAUGGGAGAGAUUUCCAUCUCGAGGGACCAGAAAAAGAGAACUUCAUCACCAUUCCCUCAAGAAAUUUCCACAGCAGCGAUUCAGUGCUGGUUGGUAUCGUGUACAAGGAUCUUCAUGAACUACUUAAAUCAAAUUCAUCUAAUAGUGAUACAACUAAGAACAGCAGGAGUGUUGGCACCAUAAUAAUGGCAGCUACAGUGGAUCCAAGGCCGAAAACAUUGCAGCAAAAUGUCGUCUUUAAGUUCAAGAACCUAAGGGUUGUGGACGGCGAGAGAUUCUGUAUGUUCUGGAGCGGCUACAGCGAAAAGAAUCCAGACGGAUGGUCAGAUGAAGGAUGCCAUGUCGUGAGAUCGAAGAGCAGCUCAGUACAAACAGAAUGCAGCUGUAAUCAUAUGACUCACUUCGCUGUUUUAUUCGACUAUGGGGAUAACCUUGAGAUCACAAAAACAGAUGACACGAUAUUGACGAUUCUCACUUACAUAGGGUUGGCUCUCUCCAUCAUAGGAAUAAUUCUCACGAUAAUCCCUUAUGUUUAUUUCACUGAUGUACAUCAGCCUCUCUCUCAAAUCAGGAUUAGUCUUGCUAGUUCUCUCGGAGCAGGACAAGUAAUCUUUCUUGCAGGAAUUAAUGCCACAGGAAACACAGCUUUCUGCGUUGCAAUAGCGGCCAUUAUACAAUACUUCCUCAUGGCAGCUUUCUGUUGGAUGCUUGUCGAGGGAAUCUACCUUUACUUGUUUGUUGUCAAGGUUUACAACAUCAACAACAAGAUGACCAUCUAUCAUGUCAUGUCAUGGUGUCUUCCUGCUGUUAUGGUUGCAAUUUCGCUGAGUAUUGCCGCAGGAAAAGAUGGAAUCCAGAGUUUUGUCAGUGACAAAUACUGCUGGAUUUCUUCAGAUAACAAUCUGAUCUGGACAUUUGUCUCUUUUGUGGUGAUAAUCGAAGUUGUUAACUUGUCGAUACUUGCAAGAGUGAUGAAGGAAAUGGCCACAAUGCAAUCAGCUGAUGAAAAGCAUGUUCAGCAGAUAAAACUUGGCCUCAAGGCAUGCGCAGUGUUGAUUCCUCUUCUAGGGGUCACAUGGUUGUUCGGUCUUCUGUCGCCUCAGCACAAAGCUUUUGUUUACAUUUUCACGAUACUUAACUCUGCUCAGGGAUUUCUAAUUUUUCUUUUGCAUUGUUUGAGAAACAGUCAGAUUAAAGAGCGUUUCAGAAGAAGGAUAAACGUGGUUUUUCCACGGGCAAACGAUGAAAACCAUGCCAAGAAAGCUUCACAGUUUAAUCGAAGUGAUGUCGGCGCAGUGAAGAAAAUUGAAGUCCUGCCGUGCAGUGAUAGCGUAUUUGAACUGAAGUAGCACUAGAGGGAAACUUUUUCUUUUUAAAUUGUAAUCUUAUAAUUUUAACCUUAUAAGGCUUCCAGUUAAAAACUGGGGGCAUGCCC